GUCUAAUCUAGCUAGAGCUGCUUUGAUGCUGGGAGAGAGUUUUAUUUUUAGCCAGAGAGGUAAUUAAAGCAGGCAUUGAAUCUGAAAACAUCUUGGGGAUCUGUCACAGAAGGGCAAAAAGUGCAUCUUAGGCAUUUGUGUGAACCGCGAAAGGAGCAGUGAAUGUGUCAGAGAUGAGCAGAAAGAGAGCGGGCUCGGAGUUCAUUUAGUAACAGCAAAACCCAACAUCCAAGUUACGGAGCUCCUGUCAACUAACAAAAUCACGUCUCUGCAGACUGAGCAGCUGGGAUGGCUGAAAAAGGCCGAAGUGGCACCGGCACCCCUUUCUCUCUUUCUUUUUCAGGCAGUGGUUUUCUUGCACUUUACCAGAUAGGGGUGGUCCAGUCGCUCCUGGAAUUGGCACCUGAAAUACUCAAAUCAGCAUCCAAAGUUUAUGGAGCAUCAGCUGGGUCACUUAUCGCUGCAGCAGUGGUGUGUGAAUCUAGCCUAGAGGACCUAAAAGAAUCUUUCCAUGAAGUGGUGAGAGAUGCCAGGAAAACAAUUCUCGGCCCUCUGUCUCCCGGGUGCAACACGCUCCGCACCAUACAGAAGGGAUUGUACAAGAUGUUGCCAGAGAACUCUCAUCAGGUGGCUUCGGGGAGGCUGCAUAUUUCCCUCACCCGGGUGAUGGAUGGACAGAAUGUCAUGGUUUCCGAGUUCAGUUCGAAGGAGGACCUGAUUCAGGCACUGAUCUGCAGCUGCUUUGUUCCUAUCUAUUGUGGAUUCAUCCCUCCCUCCUUCCGAGGUGUGCGCUACGUCGAUGGAGGUUUCACUAACCUGCAGCCGUGUUCUGACCUGGAGGCUGUGAUCACGGUGUCCCCAUUCACUGGCGAGCUCGACAUCUGUCCCCGGGACUGCCCGGCUAUCUUCUACUCUUUUCGGAUCCUUAACAGCAGCAUUCAGAUCUCAAUGGAAAACCUGUGCCGGUUUAGCUAUGCUCUCUUUCCACCCAGCUACCUGGUCCUGAAUGAGUUUUUUUCUCGAGGGUAUCAGGAUGCUGUCCUUUUCUUACACAGGAACAAUGCCUCUGGUAUCAAUUAUCCCGCCAACACGGUGAACUUCCAGUUUGCCAGUUUGCUCAGUAAAAAUGACUUGUCUCGAGCCAGUGAGGAGUCCUCAUGCCAGAACCCAGACGCAGCGGGGCUGGAAUCCAAUGGGCCAGCUCCCAGGGACCCACACCCCAAGCAGGCUCCUGCAGUGAGUGGGACACUCAAUGGAACAGACCAGAAAAUACUGCAGCAGCUGCCCCCGCGCCAGCACAAAGGUAGAGAAGUCUGA